AUGGCCGACAAUCUUUCCGCCGCGGAACGGCUCAAGCAGCAGCAUGCAGAGAACCCUCUGCAGGUGACCGUCGAAGACGUCCCCGACGAGGACCUUCCCGCUCCUUCCGUCUCUGGUGACAGUUCCGCCGCCCCCUCGUGGGCUCCGACAAUGUCAGCCAAGGCUGCCGGUAAGCAGAAGGCUGCUCCCGCCAGCUCCCUCGAUACUGGAUCGCACGAGGCUUUCCCCUCGCUCGGCGGCCCUGCUGGUGCCAAGACCAACGUUACUCCGAUCUGGGGUGGUGCCAAUGGCAAGCCCGCCGCUGCCUCGUGGUCUGCCAACGGAACCCCGAGAUCUGCGACUCCGGCGUCCGGCAUAGCGACCCCUACCGCUGCCCCCAAGGCGGUGUCGAUCCCAGGCCGUCAUGUCGAAUCCUAUGUCCUCGAGGCGUCUCACAUCAUGCCUCGGAACCAGCUCCGCCGGCCGAUCCCGGACAUCGUCAAGGACAUCAACCGCAAGUCUCGUGCCGUCAUCAAUCAGGUCAACGGGCCCAAUGGAAGCCUCAAAUUCAACGCUACUGGACCUCAGGACAAAGCCCAGCAGGCGCUGCGUGAUUUGAUCCAGCAAAUUGGUGCCAAGACCAGCCACAAGGUCACCAUUCCUUCCUCGGCUCGUGCCCACAUCAUUGGCAAACAGGGUUCCAUGAUCAAGGCCAUUCAAGAGAAAUCUGGCGCCAAGGUCCAAUUGCCCAAAGUCGACGAAGCUGACGACGACGAGGAUGGUACCAUCGACGUUCUGAUCGAAGGCAACGCUCUCGCCGUCGCUACUGCCCGCGACGAGAUCAACAAGAUUGCUGGCGAGCGCUCGGCCAACGUGAGCUCGCGCCUCAAGUCGGUUCCUGCCGAGUUCUAUCCAUUCAUUGCCGGCCCUAGCAACAACUUUGUCUCCGCCCUCGAGGCCAACCACGGAGUCCAGAUCCGCGUGCCGCCGCACCAGGCGUGGGCCCAGGCUGUCCCUCAGAUGCCUACUGCUGGUCAGCGCCUGGCGUUCCAGCCCAGCAAUCAGGAGAACUACAUCCAGCUGGCUGGUGACCGCAACGCGGUGCAGGCCGCUCGUGCUGAAAUCGAGCGUCGCGUGCACGACCUUCAGAACCAGCUUCAGAUGGAUCAGGUUGAGAUCGCCAGCGGUCGCCACCAGUUUAUCAUUGGAGAUCGGGGCGUCAACUUGGACGAUUUCCUUGCCGAAACCAACUGUUCGAUCAUUCUGCCCACUGAGGCCGGCGUUGACACUGUCACCGUAAUUGGUCCUGCGGACGACAUCACCCGUGGUCUCGAGAAGGCUUACGAGCUGGCUAUGGAGAUCAAGUCCUCGCCAUUCGACGUUUCCAAAUACCAUGGCCUGAACCCGACCAACGCCCCAGCCUAUUCCCGUGACAUGGCCCGCUACCUGCAGCGCAGGAAGGAGUUCGAGCGCCUGGAGAAGUUGCACAACGUGCACAUCAACGCCGCGCACUCCGAAGGCGUCGCCAAGCCUUGGGACAUAUUUGCCCGCGAAGGCAAGAACUUUAUUCGGUCGCAAAAGGAGAUCGCGUCCAUCGUCAACAGUCACCCUCCUAGCCGCCUGGCUACUGUCCCUGUCGACCCGUUCUUCCACUCAUACCUGCGGUCCGACGUCUCGCCAAAGCUCCAGCAACAACACGGCGUCUACCUCGUUGUGCCCGAGAACCAUGAGACUGGCUAUCCUGCACUCUUGGUGUUUGAGGGGGAGACGACCCCAGGUGCGGAUUACCAGGUCCCGCAGAAGGUCCCCUCGCCUCAGGAUCUCAAGACGUUCCAGCAGGGCUUGAACGAUGCUCGCAAGUUCAUUCUUGACCUCAUCAGCCAGCAGGAGCAGAUUACUACGGAGACGAUCGAGGUGCCCACUAAGAUCCAAGAUCGCCUGCGCAAGUACAUCAAGAAGGAGCAGGAUGAAACAAUCCGGGCCCAGGGUGGCAUCCCUGUUCGUGUUAGUGUCAGAGGUACCACUGUCACCAUGCGCGGCACUGCUACAAGUGUUGCUCAGCUGGCCGAGAAGUCUCGGGCUUUCGUUGCUCAAGAGAUUGAGGACGACAAGGAGCGUGGCUUCACCCUGAAGUUUGACUUCCCUCAGAAGCAUGCCAACCACCUCAUUGGCAAGGGCGGAAGCCAUAUUAACGAGCUUCGCGAGAAAUUUGAUGUUGAUAUCCAGGUCGAGAAUGGCGAGGUUGAGCUCAAGGGUCCCAAGGCGAAGGCUGAACGUGCCAAGUCGCACAUCCUGUCCUUGGGCAGACAAUGGUCUGACGAGACUGCACAUGUCCUCAAGAUUGAUCCCAAGUUUCAUCGUGAACUCAUUGGCGCUCAGGGUGCCCAGAUCCACCGCCUGCAGAAUCGCUAUGGAGUGCACAUCAACUUCCCUCGUGUCGCCAAGGCGUCCAAGGACGAUGAGUCUGUCGCUGAUGCCGGCAGUGAUGCUGGCAAGCCUCGCCGCCAGCAGGGUCCUGACGAGGUUACCAUCCGUGGCCCCAAGAAGGGCGCCGAUGAGGCUCGGGACGAGAUCUUUUCACUGUUCCAGUAUCUUAAGGAGAACUCUCAUGUGGCGACCGUCACUGUGCAGCAGAAGCAGCUGCCAUCCCUCAUUGGGUCGGGUGGUGCUGCCAUGGACGAGCUUCGCCAGCAAACUGGCGCGAAGGUCGACAUCCCCAACGACCGCAGCGAGUCUGAGAAUGGACUUGUUGAGAUCCAGAUCAAGGGUACCAAGUCUCAGGUCGCUGAGGCUAAGAAGAUCAUUGAAGAGAAGAGAGCCGUCUUUGAUGACACCGUCACACGCACCGUCGAAGUCGACAGGAAGUGGCACAAGAACCUCAUUGGACCUGGUGGUGCCACUCUCCGCGAUAUCGUCAUCAACGCUGGUGGUCCGGAGGACCGCAGGCUGCAGGCCCGUACCAUUCAGUUCCCGAAACAGGACGCGGAUGGAAAUGGCAUCAAGGUUGAGGGUCGCAAGGAUGUCGUUGACAAGAUCAUUGCUGCUAUCGAGGCUGCCGUCGCCCAGCGCGAGAGCCAGGUGACCGAAGUUCUCGAGGUCCCGACCGACAAGCAUAGGUCGCUGAUCGGCCGCGGCGGCGAGGCCAAGCGCCAGCUUGAGUCUCAGUUCAACGUCGCGAUCGAUAUCCCCCGCCAGGGUAGUGGUCAGACUGGUGUCAAGAUUGCGGGUCUUCCCGCUGACGUCGAGAAGGCAAAGGAGCACAUUGCUUCGCUAGUCAAAGAGCAGGCUGGCGAGACUGUCCAGGUUCCUCGCAAGUACCACCACUCGAUUGCGGAGAACGGCCAGUUCUUCCGCAAGCUCCGUAACGACCACAAGGUCACGGUUGACCAUGCUGGCGAGGCUCUUCCAGCCAAGCCCCAGGCUUCUGCUCCUGCCACCAGCGGCUCCCUGCCGCUCAUCACCGAUGAUGCUGAGUCUGCUGGCGAUGUUCACUCGUGGAACAUUGUCGAGAGCGUCUCGACCGAGGAGGGCGACAUUCCGUGGGUUCUUAAGGGCAACCCGGAGAGCAUUGAGAAGGCCAAGAAGCUCAUCGCCUCGGCGCUUGAGCAGGCCCAGAAGAGCAAUGCCACGGGCUACCUCGUGCUCGCAGACCCAUCGACCUACCGCUACGUUAUCGGCCAGGGCGGCUCCAAGGUCAACUCAAUCCGCAAGCAAAGCGGCUGCAAGAUCCAGGUGCCGCGCGACUCCAAGGAGGACGCUAUCGAGGUCACUGGUUCCAAGGAGGGCUGCGAGAAGGCCAAGACCCUUAUCCUCGAGGCUGUCCGCGAGGGCCUCGCGUCUAGACGGGACUAG